UGACUCGCACCCUUCCCAUCCCGUGUCGUGUUCGUGUAGAAUAGAAGUCCACCCAAGUCAAAGCUCUCGCCGUCGUCCUCCAAGGCGGCGCCGAAUCAAUCCGCCGCCGCCCCGCACCCGCCCCGCGCGGCCGUCUCCAUCGCGCCUCUGGCCGCCGGAUAACACACAUCUAGCGCCGUCCCCUCCUCCCCUGCCGUCGAAACCUGAAAGCUCGUUCGGGAGGAGCCGCACGGUACCUGUUCGACGGAAUGCGUCUCUAAGACGGAAUGGCCGUUACCGGGUCGGCCGUAGGGCGCGGCGCGGUUCGUCCCCUCAUGCGGCUGGUCACCAUGAGCGGCGCGCCGAUCAUGCAGCAGCUGCACCUGGAGGAGCGGCUCCUGCGCCGCACGGCGGACAACUGGUGCGUCAUCAACGACGGCACGGCGCCCCCCACCAUCGUCAUGGGCGUUUCCGGGAGAGUCUCGGAGCUUGUUGAGAUAGAACCGGUCCUCCGGGACAGGGUAUCGGUCGUGAGGAGGUUCAGUGGAGGUGGCACCGUCAUUGUUGAUCAGGGGACGGUGUUUGUGACCUUCAUAUGCAACAAGAGUGCCGUCGCCGGGUUGCAGCCCUUUCCGAGGGACAUCAUGUCAUGGAGUGGGCAGUUAUAUGGCAAAGUGUUUGACAAAUUUGGCGAAUUCCAUCUGCGUGAGAAUGACUAUGCAUUUAGUCGUCGCAAGUUUGGUGGAAAUGCUCAGUCAAUAACGAAAAACCGUUGGGUUCAUCACACAUCAUUCUUGUGGGAUUAUGAUGUGAAAAAUAUGGAUUAUCUCAAAAUCCCGAAGCGUGCACCUGAGUAUCGACUGGCAAGAAACCACACGGAUUUCUUGUGCCGCAUGAAGGAGUACAUGCCUUCACGGUCCGCCUUCACUGAUGGGGUCAUCACGGCCCUGGGAGAACACUUCUCAGUCCAACCUGCAGACUUAGAAACAGUGCUUCCUGACGACGAAGAAUUCGUGCCUUCGACAAAGCUGUUAUCUGAACAAGACCUAGAGGAAAUCGUUUCCUCCAAAGGAUAUUCCCUUGGAGCACAGAAAGCCGAAGCAUGACCAUGAUUACAGUGAGGGAAUCCUCGUUUCUGUUGUGAAAUCUGAAAUCGAUUGUUGGCGAGCUGUGGUUUCAUUCAACUUCUGGGUCAGAUGGCAUUAUGCUCACUGAACCACUGGCAUUGUUAUUACUUAACCCGAGCAAUUGUGUGCACGCAUUUAUUUACUGUGGUAUUGCAAGCAAGGUUGGAACAAUAAACCA